GUACGGCCCUGCACCUGAGGGACGUGCGCCCCCGCGGUCACGGAGCGCUCCGGCUCUGAGCGCUUCCCGGCCUCGGCAGCCUCGGCCGCCGUGCUCCACGGUUCUGGACGUAGGCAAUAUGAAUGACUGGCAGAGGAAGAGCCCUCUAGACUGGGAAACGUACGUGAACAAAAUGGUGAAAGUUGCUGCAAUUGAGAAACAUGAGUAUGAAGGAUGGGUCUUAACAGUCGAUCCAGUUUCUGCCAGUAUUGUCCUUGCAACAUUCCUGGAGAAUGAAAAAGUGUCCAUAUCCAUUGUCUUGGGCCAUGCUGUCCAGGAGGUUGAAAUACUGAAAGAAGGGGACGAUGAAAUGAAGCAACGGCUUUCCUGCAUAUUUGCACCUGAAGAAAGCAAAGCCUACAGCCCAGAGGAACUUGAAAAGAGGAAGAACAACUUGAAGACUUGGCUAGAAACAAACCACAUCCCUGUAACAGAGCAAGGUGAAUCGGGAAGAACGCUAUGUGUGGCGGGGGUAUUAACUAUUGACCCACCAUACGGCCCAGAAGAGUGCAGCAGCUCCAAUGAGAUUAUUCUUUCUCGGGUUCAAGGCUUGAUACAGGGCUAUCUUGAAAAACAAGGGUGAUGUCUGCUGUUUAAAGCAGUUGUCUUUAGAAAUGGGUCUACCCACCCUAUUUUAGGAACUGUCCUGGGUAUCAAUAUUCACUAUUUGCAAAAAAUGCUGGGUUUAGGUCCUUUUGUCUGAUUUUUUAUACGUUAAGAAAAGGAUAAAACAAGCAGUAUAAACUGAAAGCACGAAGCGUUUUCCAUGCACUACUUUAUUAAAAGCAAGCCAUUGAAUAAUGAUGAUGUAUUAAACUGAUAUGUCUGUUUACUGUAUCAGUAUUAAGCUGAUACAUCAGUUAAAUAAGUAUUUUCUGUAACGGUAUUGCGAAAGAUGAUAUAUGAUAGAUUUAAACUGUGUUUUCCUCUGCCUUCAAAAUUAAUUAUCUAGUGGUGUAGGCAUGUUUGAACUGCUUCCCAGUUUUUUUGGUUUUUUUUUUUUUUUUCAGAAAGAGGAUUGUGACACUUGGACUUCCCAAACCAGGUGAAAAAUCUGUUGAGAAAGCUUUUUUUUUUUUUUUUUUUUUUUUUUUUUUUCCCCCCGGUUUUAAAAACAUUUCCUGUCUAUAUUUGUUAUUUUAGAGCAGCAGUGGUUGGCAGACCCUUGUUCCUUAGAAAGAGAAUUUCUUGCAGUUCAGUAAGUUUGUGUUUCUUAAUGCUUUGU